UAAGGAUGGAGCGCAAAGCAGUGUCGGACUAUCGCCUUUUUCUAUUUUCAUGCGUACUCAUGGCGCAUAGCGCAUUUGGUGAUGUGAGCUACUCUUUUCCGGAGGAGAUGAAUCAAGGAUCUGUGAUUGGAAAUAUAGCUAAAGAUCUUGGACUUGACGCCGGCAGGUUGGCUUCACGUAAGGCUCGAAUAGAUACGGAAGAUAACAAACGUUAUUGUGACUUAAAUUUGAAGACUGGUGAGUUGUUUGUGAAGGAAAUAAUCGACCGAGAGGAGCUGUGUUCAAUGGCAGCCUCAUGUUUUCUUAAAUUUGAGUUAAUAUUAGAACGUCCUCUGGAAUUGCAUCGUGUGACACUUCAAAUCGAAGACAUCAACGACAAUGCACCUUUCUUCCCAAAGGAAUUGAUUAAACUGGAAAUACGUGAAUCUGCGGACAAAGGAGCUCGCUUUCGUGUGAAUGAAGCACACGAUGCAGACAUAGGAAAGAACUCGGUUCAGACGUACACGUUACAGAGAAAUGACCACUUUGCCCUGGCUGUAAAUUCAAAUGAAAACGGAAGGAAAAAUGUGGAAUUAGUUUUAGAUAAAGAGCUUGACCGCGAACAGCAGCGAGAAGUAGCAUUAAUUCUUACUGCUGUUGACGGCGGCAUUCCUCCGAGAUCAGGCACCGUAGCUAUACACAUCACUGUGCUUGAUGCUAAUGACAAUGCCCCGUUGUUUAGUCAGAAUGUUUACAAAGCCAGUCUGCCAGAAAACUCCCCUUUAGACACAUUAGUAAUGACAGUUAAUGCGACGGAUGCAGAUGAGGGGCCUAAUGGUGAAGUUUCUUACGAAUUCAGUCUUAUAUCUAGUAAGGCACGAGGAGCAUUUUCGUUGAACACAAAAACCGGUGAAAUCAAGGUAAUCGGUCCGAUUGAUUUUGAGGAUGAAUCGAAAUAUGAAUUACUUGUCGAAGCUAAAGAUGGAUCUGGGCUGUCUACAGACGCUAAAGUAAUCAUUGACAUCAUAGAUGUUAAUGACAACGCUCCAGUUAUUUUUCUGAAAUCUCUCAACAACCCCCUCCCCGAGAACGAACCACCCGGUGCAGAGGUUGCCAUCAUUAGUGUACAGGACCGAGAUUCUGACAAUAACAGAAAGGUCCGCUGUUUCAUUCCAGAAAAUGUUCCUUUCAAACUCAUACCAUCAAUUAAAAAUUAUUUCUCUCUGGUAACAACAACAGAAUUGGACCGCGAACUUGUCGCUGAUUAUAAUAUUACAAUAACUGCGACCGAUGAAGGCUCUCCACCCCUAUCGUCCUCCAAAACAGUGCAGUUUUCUGUUGGCGAUGUGAACGAUAACCCACCUGUAUUUAAGCUUCAGUCCUAUCCUGCUCAUAUACAUGAGAACAACAAACCGGGCUCGUCUGUGUGCACAGUAACUGCAUCUGAUCCAGACUGGAGACAAAACGGCACGGUGUUUUACUCUCUGUUACCUGGUGAAGUGAAUGGAAUCCCGGUUAAUUCUCUGUUGUCCAUUACCGGAGACACAGGAGUCGUUCACACAGUGAGGUCCUUUGAUUAUGAGAAGUUGAAAAGCUUCAAAGUCAAUGUUUUAGCCAGAGACAAUGGUUCGCCCCCACUCAGUAGUAACGUAACUAUUAAUGUCUUUGUAACAGAUAUAAACGACAACUCUCCGCAGAUAUUAUAUCCAUCGUCUGAAGGAAAGUCCCUCAUGACAGAAAUGGUGCCCAAAGCUGUACAGGGAAACUCUCUGGUCUCCAAAGUAAUUGCUGUGGAUGCGGACUCUGGGCAGAACGCAUGGCUCUCAUACCACAUAGUCAAAUCGACUGAUCCGGGACUUUUUGCCAUGGGUAUUCACAGUGGAGAGAUCAGGACGCAGAGAGAUGUUUCUGAAUCUGACGCUGUGAAACAGACUCUUGUGGUCUCAGUGAAAGAUAACGGACAGCCUUCACUCUCUGCGACGUGCACUGUGUAUUUACUUAUUUCAGAUAACUUGGCUGAAAUUCCUGAACUGAAGGACAUGUCAACUGACGAGAGUUCCAAGCUCACCUUUUAUUUAAUCAUUGCGCUUGUGUCCGUGACCACUUUCUUCAUCACGUUUAUCAUCAUUACCCUAGCAGUGAAGUUUUGCCAUAAGAAAAAGCCCAGGAUGUUAUUCGAUGGGGGUCUGGCUAUCCCCAGCGCGUAUCUCCCUCCAAAUUACGCAGAUGUUGAUGUCACAGGAACUUUACGCAGUGCUUACAAUUAUGACGCGUAUCUGACGACAGGAUCUCGCACUAGCGACUUUAAGUUCGCCAGAUCCUACAAUGAUGGAACUCUUCUGGCAGACAUGACUUUGAAAAAGUCUGCAUCUGUUGAUCAUGACAACCUACUCGAUUCCAUCAAUUCGGGAGAGGUAAUGUUUUACACUACUAAUUUAAGCUGA